UAUUAUUGGCCGACAGCCGUCUGCAGUCAUGGCCUCCCUGGUUGGGGACGGGGCUCUGAAGCCGCUGCAGAGAGCUAUGAAACUGGCAAACAGAGCCAUCCAGCUGGACACCAGGAACCUGCACCGGGAGGCCUACGUGGAGUACUUGAAGAGCGUCAGUUUCAUAUCCCAGUUCUUGGCUGAUGAGGCUGAGCAGAAAGUGAAUGACUCUUUGAACCCUGAGUCACAGAAGAUGCUGAAACUGGCUGGGCAAUGUCUGGAGAGAGCGAGGACCACGGCGGAUAAACUAGACAUGAUGACACUGAAGAAUCGUAUCUCGGAGGUCCCUGAUCCUCCAGCUACUACUGACGUUUCCAGCAAUGUUUCUACUACUGCCACAACUACCUCCGCACCCUCCCGUGCUUCCUUUGGUCAUUCCUGGGGUCAUCGUAGGUCUUGCUCUGAUGAGUUCCAGAAAAACGCUGGCUUUCCCUCCCCAGAGGUUUUUCAGAUGCUCAGAGCGGCCGAGGCUCAGAGCUGUAAAAAGGAGCUGACACCACUGCAAGAGGCCUCCAUACAGAACCAGAAGCUCAGAGCCGCAUACGAAGUUCGUCUCUCCAGAUUGGACCCAAGGCAGGCCGCACAGAAAACCUCCCUGCACAGCUGUGAUGCCAUCACGUACAAUGCAGGACCCAAAGUCCUCCAUUACAUGAUGACACUGAAGAAUCGUAUCUCGGAGGUCCCUGAUCCUCCAGCUACUACUGACGUUUCCAGCAAUGUUUCUACUACUGCCACAACUACCUCCGCACCCUCCCGUGCUUCCUUUGGUCAUUCCUGGGGUCAUCGUAGGUCUUGCUCUGAUGAGUUCCAGAAAAACGCUGGCUUUCCCUCCCCAGAGGUUUUUCAGAUGCUCAGAGCGGCCGAGGCUCAGAGCUGUAAAAAGGAGCUGACACCACUGCAAGAGGCCUCCAUACAGAACCAGAAGCUCAGAGCCGCAUACGAAGUUCGUCUCUCCAGAUUGGACCCAAGGCAGGCCGCACAGAAAACCUCCCUGACUUUGUCACUUCAGCGACAAAUGACGGAGAACCUGGGGAUUGCUAAAGCCAGAGAAGAGACUCUGCAGAGGAAGGCUGAGGAACGUAGGCUCAGGCUACAGGAAGAGUCAGACAGACGCUUCUCCAAAAAUCAGCAAAUGACACCAGCGCAAGAAGAGCAAAAGAUGCUGUAUACCGCCAUGCUGGAAUAUGAGCAGGAUCAUGAAUGGACACAGCUCUGCAAGAAGAAGAUAAAGAGCAAUCCCAAUGACCUGGGCCCGGUCUCCAGAUAUAUGUAUCAGAUACUCAGCACCUCAGAACAUCCGCUUACCAAACUAGUACGACGCCUCCAGUGCCAAAUUUACAGUCGUUUGUAUCUGAUCAUCAGCAAAGAUCUGUCUCAGGAAUCUUCAGCCUCCAAUCUUGGUCAUCAAUUGCUCCCUGUAGAACCUGCUUCCUUACCGGUCCCCACUGCUUCUAAACUGAGAAUGUCUCAGAGUCUGUAUAGCCUCCCCAGCUGCCAACGUCCCUCCAUCCGGCACAGCCGCUCCAUAGGAGAGGGACUGGAGAGCUUUGAGCUUCCUGCAGAUUGCCAAACUGACAGAGAGCAGGGCAAAAAAGAAAUAGAGAGCUCCUAUGAGGACCUGGAACACUUGCUGUCCCCUACAUCACUGUCUGGACCUGCAGCUCUGCAGAGAUUGUCGGUAUCGCAGUAUUUAAAUACAGUCGUGAAAGAGAUUCACAAUGCCAGAGACUCGUUUGUGUCUUCGUCCAUGCUGUCUCUGGAUCUUCCCACAACGCCACAAGUAAAGGAUGUGUGCCUGGAGUGCUUAGAUGAAAGCUUCUUUCCUCCUCUAUGGCCGGCACUACUGGCUCUUUACAGACAGGUUCUCUCUGUGCGGGAAGAAUCUCUCCUCCAGGUCAUGGAGUUAUACAGCACAGCACCACCAUCUGUAGUGGGGGUACCCAAACGCCUGUACCCUCAGGACAUCAUUGACCCAUACAGAUUAGCCACAGAAGAUCUAGAACAACUGACCAAUCAGUAUACCCCACACAGGAAGCUGGAGUGUAUUGUGAGGACUCUGCGGGGGAUAUGCGAGUGUGCCGAUGAGUAUUGUGCCACCCCCGGGACUGCAUCCAUCGGUGCAGAUGAACUGUUGCCCAUCUUGGCCUUUGUAGUUUUGAAAAGCGGCUUGUCCCACUUGGUGUCAGAGUGUGCGGCACUGGAGGAGUUCAUACACGAGGGGUACCUGAUCGGAGAGGAAGGAUAUUGUUUGACCUCCCUGCAGAGUGCACUGGCUUAUCUGGAGACCCUUCCAAUCCCGCCAUCACCGCCUGAUAUCUGAGGGGCCAGUACACUGCUUCUGAUAUGUUACAAGUCUCGUUUGUCCUGGGGACAAAUCAAAGCUUAAAAUGCACCUUAUCUGUGUAAAUCUAGCCGAUU